AUGUCGGAUACAAUAAUGGCAGUAAUAGACAAACCCAACAAAUAUACAUUCCGAAAUGAGUUUCUUUUCUGUAAGCUUGCGUUUCAUAAAAUUUUACUCAUCUUCAAGGAGAGGUCAAGGGGGUCAAGGAGUCAAAGAGCCGCAGUAAAGGAGUCAAGAAGCCGCAGUCAAGGAGUCAAGGAGUCGCAGUCAAGGAGUCAAAGAGCCGCAGUCAAGGAGUCAAAGAGCCGCAGUCAAGGAGUCAAAGAGCCGCAGUCAAGGAGUCAAAGAGCCGCAGCUGAGGAGUCAAAGAGCCGCAGUCAAGGAGUCAAAGAGCCGCAGUCAAGGAGUCAAAGAGCCGCAGUCAAGAAGUCAAAGAGCCGCAGCCAAGGAGUCAAAGAGCCGCAGUCAAGGAGUCAAAGAGCCGCAGCCAAGGAGUCAAAGAGCCGCAGCCAAGGAGUCAAAGAGCCCCAGCCAAGGAGUCAAAGAGCCGCAGCUAAGGAGUCAAAGAGCCGCAGCCAAGGAGUCAAAGAGCAGCAGUCAAGGAGUCAAAGAGCCGCAGUCAAGGAGUCAAAGAGCCGCAGCCAAGGAGUCAAAGAGCCGCAGCCAAGGAGUCAAAGAGCCCCAGCCAAGGAGUCAAAGAGCCGCAGCCAAGGAGUCAAAGAGCAGCAGUCAAGGAGUCAAAGAGCCCCAGUCAAGGAGUCAAAGAGCCGCAGUCAAGGAGUCAAGGAGUCAAAGAGCCGCAGUCAAGGAGUCAAAGAGCCGCAGCCAAGGAGUCAAAGAGCCGCAGUCAAGGAGUCAAGGAGUCAAAGAGCCGCAUUCAAGGAGUCAAGGAGUCAAGGGGUCAAGGAGUCAAAGAGCCGCAGUCAAGGAGUCAAAGAGCCGCAGUCAAGGAGUCAAAGAGCCGCAGUCAAGGAGUCAAAGAGCUGCAGUCAAGGAGUCAAAGAGCCGCAGUCAAGGAGUCAAGGAGCCGCAGUCAAGGGGUCAAGGAGUCAAAGAGCCGCAGUCAAGGAGUCAAAGAGCCGCAGUCAAGGAGUCAAAGAGCCGCAGUCAAGGAGUCAAAAAGCCGCAUUUAGCCACCACUGA